CCGCUAAGAAGUGCCGAGAGCCGUGAGAGGUUAUACAAUCAAGCGUGGACUCAAUGUUCUCUAUCAAGCAUAAUACACAGCAGACUGCAACACUCUUGUAAUUGAACCGAGGGAUCGAAAGUAACAGGGCAGUGGAAAUCGUGGACUAAGGGUCAGGACCACGUAUUUCCUCUACACGAUGUACUUAUUCCACGAGUGAGCUGAAAGGAAUAGAAUUGAUUUUCAUUCAGCGGGUUUGUCCAGUAAAAGCAACAGGUUUCUGGACCACGAUGGAAGUUAAUACAGCAGACAAAUAGCUCUGACUGAGGCGGGGAUCCGAAGCUCUUUGGAUGGGGUUAAUGUAUCUGACCGUGGGCAGGAGAACAUUGUAGAGCCGGCAAGUGCGGGACGAGGCGGGUUUACAGCCAGAGACAGAUAUUUAGCCGGUUCCCGGGGAGAUCCUCCGGCCGGUUUACUUGAGGGGCCGGGAACCUGGCGCCAGCUGCCCUGGACGGCUCCAACUUUACUCGGACUAAAUCCGUCCCGGAUUCGCACCUCUCGGACCAUCCAGGGGCCCUCAAACGCCCUCCCCCUGGGGUCACCAUGAGUGCCGAUUGCAGCGGCUAUUAUAAUAUCGAAAAUAUCUUAGUUUCUAAUUUCACGUGUCCCAAACCCGAAGGCAAUCUCGGCGCCAAAUACUGCUGCGGCUUUAACGACAUCAAAUAUUGCUGUGAUGACCCUAACAGCUUCUUCCCGUACGCCUACAACUACAUGUGGUGGUUAAGUAUCUGGGCUCUGGUGGGGCUUUCCAUAGCUGCUGUGGUUCUCCUGGCUUUCGUCAUCACGGUUUGUGUUUUGUGCUACCUUUUCAUCUGCACUAAACCACAUUCUCGACUGGAUAAUGGAUUAGAUCUGCAAAUACUGGGUACUGAACAAAUAUUGGAAACUCCGAAUCAGUCUAGUGGACCAAACACCAUUCGGAAGCAACUUCAGAGUCGGAGGUUAGAUUAUAGCCGGCCAAAUCAGCCACCUGAACCUGACCGAUUGUUCCAGAGAUGUUUCAUGGCUACUGUGACAAGAAUUAACAUACAAGGAUCCUCCUAAAGUUCUUGCUCUUUCUAGUUUUGAAUUAAUGAAUAUAAAUUGUUGUAUGAGUUGUGCUUGUGCUCAAUGUGUCUCAUGUUAUAAUAUUGUCUUGGGCAAUGGUUACAAACAGGCUUUGUUUAAUGUUGUUUGAAGUGCCACAACAGAUUUUGGCCUUUAAUGUCAUGAACAGUGAACUUGAGAUGAGAAAGAAAGAUUAGGGAAUUAAGAAAUAUGUCAGCUAUGACCUUGGAAGAAAGAAUGAAAGAAGCUAAGGAAAUAAUUUUUGUGAUUUCCUGCAAAGUUGCCAGAUGUUCAGAUUGACCUGAAGAGUUCUAGCUGAUUGCUGAUAAAUGUAUAAUUUUAGAUCAAAAUUCUGAUCACAACAGUAUCUAUUCAUCUUUAAUGUCUGUGGACAAGAAUUGAUUAACCUUGGUAAUGGCCAAGGCCAGUACAUAUUUGCUAUAGAGUACAUGUAGUCAUAAUGCUUUCAUAUUUAAGUAAAAAAGAACUGCACUUAUCGUGCAGAAACGUUCUAAUUUGGAGAAUCAAUGAAGGGCCAUUAUUUGACAAAACAUCUUGCUCUGUUUAGUGGAUAAUUCAUUGAGCCAAAGGUUUUCUGCAUAAAAGGAUAAAUAGGAUUGGACCUGAUCUGUUUGAUGGCUGACACAAAAUGCUGGAGUAACUCAGCGAGACAGGCAGCAUCUCCGGAUGGAGAAGCAAUGGGUGACGUUUCGGGUCAAGACCCUUCUUCAAACUGAAGAAGUCUGAUGGCUGUGCUGUUAAUUCAGUGUGUAGUUCCUGGAAGUGAAAAAAUGUUUUGUGUUUUUUAAUUGUGUGCCAUUGGCAGAUUUUAAUUUAUUUUUUUAAAUGGGUCCUCUGAUUUCCUUUGUCCCUGAUUGAAUGCCAAAAGAUACUUUGUGCAUUCUCCCACUUCACAGGAUGAGCCAGCAUAUCAUUCCCCAUCCAUUGAGAACAACCCUUGAGAAGGUGGUGAUGUGCUAUCUGCUUGAACAGCUGCUGACCGUGAGUCCCGAGCUCACUUCCUAAACCGAGGGAAUUGCAGCAUGUUGACCCAGUGAUGGUGAAGGAAUGGCAAUAUAUUUCCAGGUCAGGAUGGUGUGUGGCUUGCAGGACAACUUCCAAGCAAUGGUGUUCCCAUGCUUUUGCCCUAGUCUUUCCUGCUGGUAGAGGUUAUGGGGUUGAAAGGCAUUGUUCAAGGAGUCUUAGUGAGUUGUUGCAGUGUAGAUAUUACAAACCGCUGAUUUUAAGAGAAAUCUGAUUAUUAAUAAGAAUUUUAACAACUGGUUGCACAGAUAUUAAUUUUAAUUUAUGGUCCGAAGGACCUGUACUUGUGCUGUACUGUUCUAUGUUCUGAAUCUAUUGUCAUCUGUUAGAUUACAUAUUGAGUAGAGUAGUGGAUGUUGUCAACAUGGAUUUUAGUAAGGCGUUUGAUAAAGUCACCCAUAUGGUAGGCUGAUCCAGAAGAUCAAGAUAGACAAUAGGUGCAGGAGUAGGCCAGUCGGCCCUUCAAGCCAGCACCGCCAUUCAAUGGGAUCAUGGCUGAUCAAUGUGAUCAUGGCUGAUGCAUGGACUUAAUAGUGACUUGGUCAUGUGGAUUCAGAGUUGGCUUACUGAUAGAAGACAGAGGGUUGUGGAGGGAGAGCAAUAAUCAAGCUGGAGUUCUGUGACCAGUGAAGUUCCACAGGGAUCAGCGCUGGGACAUCUGCAUUUAAUCUAAUGCAACUGCAUCUAAACCUGGAUUUUUAGGUGCGUCACAGUGGCGCAGCGAUAGUGUUGCUGUCUUACAGUGCUAAAGACCCGGGUUCGAUCCU